CCCAGGCGUUUGGGAUUCCAUCGAAGGCGUUUUUGUUGUUUCAAACCACAAACCUCUGCUGUGCCGAAACUGCCCGACCGUAAAAAGUGCAUUUAACCAAACCUAAUCAGCGACCAAUUCACGAGAUCCCGUGUGACCAUGGCCAAGAUACGAACGCUGGUGCCGGAGCUGGCCGAGGUGGCUCGAUCGCAGCUCGGCGAGGAGUCCUCGAAGAUGGUCGCCAAGAUCGAGGCCCUGCGCACCUGGAUCGCGGAGCAGAUGUACCUGGAGGCGCGGACCGACGAUCAGUUCCUGGUGGCCUUCCUGCGAUUCUGCCACUGGGAUGUGGAGGUGGCCAAAAAGCGUGUGCUCUUCUACUACACCUACAAGUCCAAGGAGCGCGAGCUGCUCAAAGGUCGCCUGGUGGACGAUAAGCUGUUGGAACUGGCUCGCUCAGGAAUCUUCGCCACAUUACCCAACCCCAUUGGCCCUGGUGGCCCACGCAUCCACUUCACACGCAUGGGUCACAUCGAGCCUUCCAAACACAGUGUCACCGACAUUUUCCGCUUCCACGCCUUCCGCGCCGAAAUCGAGCUCAACACGGACGACAACUGGAACGUGUCCGGCGUGGUGGAGAUCAUGGACUUCACCAAGAUCCCCUAUUCCCUGGUGCUGCAGUUCGAUCCGGGCAUGUUCAAGCGGAUGAACGCAUUUCUAGAGCAUGGUAUUCCAGCGAAUUUAGUGGCCACCCACAUUGUAAAUGCCUCCAGGGAGACACAGUUUGUGCUGGGUCUGAUCCGGAAUGUGAUGAAGCAGAAGGAGCUGCUGCACAUCCACUCCAACCUCGAGUCCCUGCAAAAAGCCAUCGGCAAGGAGUAUCUGCCCGUCGAAAUGGGCGGCGAGAACGGCACCCUCGCGGAUGCGGUGUCGCGCUACGAGACCCAGUUGACCGGCUUCUCCACGUACUUCAAGGAAGACGAGCGGUAUGGCGUGGACGAGAAACUGCGGGCGGCCAGCGAGAAGGAGCAGGCUCCAUUGGUGGCCGGCCUUCCCAGCGAUGGAACCUUCCGCAAGCUAAACUUCGAUUGAGGCGUUGACAACCGGGCAGAGCUAGUUGUAUAUUCUGAUGCACAUCCUAUAUGUACGCCCCUCCACUAACACACAGCCCUCUAAACCUACAUAUAUAUACACUGAAAUGUAUAGAUACUACAGCGCUAUAGCGAUCUUUGGUCAUAGCAUAACCUGAUAUUUUAUAAUUGAAACC